AUGGAAGCAAACAAGACACAGGUGACUGAAUUUGUUCUCAUGGGACUAACAGAUAUUCCAGAGCUCCAAGUUCCCCUGUUCCUGGUGUUCUUAACCAUCUACCUCACCACCAUGGUGGGCAACCUGGGACUCAUUUACCUCAUCUGGAGGGAUCCCCACCUUCACAACCCCAUGUACUUGUUCCUUGGCAGUUUAGCCUUUGCAGAUGCCUGUACAUCCUCCUCUGUGACCCCCAGGAUGCUUGUCAAUGUCUUAGACAAGAGUCAAAAGAUAUCCCUCUUUGAGUGCAUGGUUCAAUAUUACUUUUUUGGUUCCAGUGCCACCACAGAAUGUUUCCUGUUGGUAGUGAUGGCCUAUGAUCGCUAUGAGGCCAUCUGCAACCCCCUGCUUUAUCCUGUGGUGAUGUCCAACAGACUCUGUACUUGGCUGAUAAGUGUGUCAUAUGCCAUUGGAUUUUUGCAUCCCAUAAUUCAUGUAGGAUUGCUAUUUAGACUAACCUUCUGCAGGUCCAACAUAAUACAUCAUUUCUACUGUGAAAUCUUACCACUCUAUACAAUUUCUUGCACGGAUCCCUCUAUUAAUGCAUUUGUGGUUUUCAUUUUUUCUACUUUUAUACAAGCUUUUACUUUUAUGAGCAUCAUAGUUUCCUAUACUCGUGUUCUCUUUGCCAUCUUGAAAAAGAAGACUGAAAGGGGCAGAAGCAAAGCUUUCUCCACGUGCAGUGCCCAUCUGCUCUCUGUUUCCCUGUUCUAUGGCACUCUCUUCUUCAUGUAUGUGCUUCCUGGGUCAGGCCCAGAUCAAUAUCAGGAUAAAAUGUAUUCACUGUUCUAUACAAUUAUAAUUCCCUUGCUAAACCCCUUUAUUUAUAGCCUAAGAAACAAGGAAGUCUUAGAAACACUG